UCGUCGCGCGUGCUCGUCUCUGAUUGGUCCCGGCGGUAACUCCUUUACGGCCGCGCGCCUCUCGCCCCUCCCUCUCGUGCGGAAGGAAGCAACAUGGAGACAGCUGGAAAAGUCAUUAAGUGCAAGGCAGCUGUUGCCUGGGAACCUGGGAAGCCUCUGACCAUCGAGGAGGUGGAGGUAGCACCACCCAUGGCCCAUGAAGUCCGCAUCAAGCUCUUUGCAACGGGGGUGUGUCAUACAGAUGCCUACACUCUGAGCGGCAGUGACCCCGAGGGACUUUUCCCUGUCAUCUUGGGACACGAGGGUGCUGGAACGGUUGAGAGCGUUGGUGAGGGUGUCACCAAAUUCAAGCCAGGUGAUACUGUCAUCCCGCUGUAUGUGCCUCAGUGUGGUGAAUGCAAAUUCUGCAAAAAUCCCAAGACCAACCUUUGCCAGAAAAUCAGAGUAACCCAGGGCCAGGGUCUGCUCCCCGACAAGACCUCGCGCUUCACUUGCAAGGGAAAGCAAGUGUUUCACUUCAUGGGGACCAGCACCUUCUCGGAGUACACCGUAGUGGCCGACAUCUCUCUGGCUAAGGUGAACGACAAGGCUCCCAUGGAUAAAGUGUGCCUUCUUGGAUGUGGCAUUUCUACAGGUUAUGGCGCUGCUCUCAACACCGCCAAGGUUGAGCCUGGGUCCACAUGCGCUGUAUUUGGCCUCGGAGCUGUUGGCUUGGCUGUUAUUAUGGGCUGCAAGGUUGCUGGGGCAACCAGGAUCAUUGGUGUGGACAUCAACCCUGCAAAGUUCGACAAAGCCAAGGAGUUUGGAGCCACUGAGUUUGUGAACCCGAAAGACCACAGCAGGCCCAUCCAGGAGGUGCUGGUGGAGAUGACUGACGGGGGCGUGGACUAUUCGUUUGAGUGCAUUGGAAAUGUGCAAAUCAUGAGAUCUGCUCUGGAGGCGUGCCACAAAGGCUGGGGUGAGAGUGUCAUCAUCGGCGUAGCUGGAGCUGGUCAGGAAAUCUCAACCAGACCGUUCCAGCUGGUGACAGGCCGAGUGUGGAGGGGCACCGCCUUUGGAGGGUGGAAGAGUGUGGAGAGCGUUCCUAAACUGGUGGAAGACUACAUGAAUAAGAAGCUGAAGGUGGAUGAGUUUGUGACCCACACUCUGCCGUUUGACAAGAUCAACGAGGGAUUUGACCUCAUGCACGCUGGGAAGAGUAUCCGCACAGUGCUGACCUUCUGAAGUGCCUGAAACACAGACGUCCUUCACAUCCGGCCUUUAAACAGUCUCCUUCCAUAGUUGCAGCACUUAUUUUCUCUGCACUUGUUUUGCUUUCAGUAUUAACAACACGAACACACGACAAUUUUUUUGAAAAUUAAUUUAUUCUCUGCGUUUCCUUUUGAUGCUCACUUACAGACUGAUGUGAUGUAAAAGAAAAUAUUACAUUCAUACAUAAAGUCAUGUGGCUGCUGCUCUUACUAAGACUAGUCAACAAUGAGUCUUUCAGCUUGAUUUAGUCACUCCUCUGAGAGUUCAUAGUGUGAAAACAGCAGUUAUUCAUGCUACUUAACAGUUACAGUACACAGCCCCACAUUCAUACUAAGUACUCAUUAUGUAACACAAUUUACACAGAAAAAAACUUCCUUUGUGCUGAAUCUCACAAUAAAAUACACACAUAAGAACUUGUUUUACAUACGGUAAUAUUUAAAAAGUCAGAAAAUGUACCUAAACAUUGAUUUCUUUGUAAGGUCAUCACAGUUUCUGAGAGAGCAUACCGCAGCCUGAUAGGACCACAGGCUUCAUCCUGAGUAAAAGAUAAUAUUAAUCACA